GCCCCCUGCCGUUUUUCCCGACUUUCGUCUCAGCUACGCUUGGGAGAGCCGCCGGCCGGCGCUGUUAAUGUGUGUUCUCCAAGAUGGAGGAGGUUUUGUGAUGUUCCCCAGCUCUCAGAAGUGAUCCUGCUUCCGUCCGUGUCAGAUCAAUCCUCAGACACAGGCGCGGACAUCUUUUCCAAACCCUUCUGCCUGUGGGGGAAAUAAAGAACAACUUUAGGAUUUGGAUAUUAGUUUUUUUGUGUGUGUUUUUUUCCGCCACAGCCAUGAGCUCGGGGGAAGGGGCCGAGGAGGCGGCUAAGGACGCGGGCGAUAUAGCGACGUUCUUCAAAUCUGAUUGUGCGCAUUCAAAAUGUGAGCCCAAAGCCGACGUCUCCAAUCAAAUAACAGGAUUUCGCAGGAAUGAAGAGAUGAAGGCGAUGGAAGUUUUGCCUAUUCUAAAAGAAAAAGUGGCCUUCUUGUCAGGGGGCAGGGACAAGCGUGGCGGUCCAGUUUUAACAUUCCCAUCACGAACCAACCAUGACCGAAUACGACACGAGGAUCUCCGCAGACUCAUCGCCUACCUCGCCGGCAUCCCUAGCGAGGACGUGUGCAAACAUGGCUUCACGGUCAUCGUGGACAUGCGUGGCUCCAAAUGGGAUUCCAUCAAGCCUCUGCUGAAGAUCCUGCAGGAAUCGUUUCCCUGCUGCAUCCACGUCGCCCUCAUCAUCAAACCAGACAACUUCUGGCAAAAACAGAGAACCAACUUUGGCAGCUCCAAGUUUGAGUUUGAGACCACCAUGGUUUCCCUGGAGGGCUUAUCUAAGAUGGUGGACCCAUCCCAGUUGACCCCCGACUUUGAGGGCAGCCUGGACUACAACCAUGAAGAGUGGAUCGAGAUCCGCGUGGCCUUCGAAGACUUCACGGGCAAUGCUCGGCACCUGCUCGCCCGUCUGGAGGAGAUGCAAGAAACUGUCACACGUAAAGACUUCCCACAGGACUUAGAGGGAGCCCGGCGCAUGAUAGAGGAGCAUGCAGCGCUGAAGAAGAGGGUGAUGAAGGCUCCCGUGGAGGAGGUGGACAAUGAGGGCCAAAGGCUGCUGCAAAGGAUUCAAAGCAGCGAGAGCUACGCUAACCGAACUGUGCCAGUGCCGCCAGGGCAGAGGGAAGGGCAGGGACAACCCAACGCUGACACCCAGGGCCUGGUGCCCCGUAUUUCAGCCCUGCUGGAGAAACUGCACAGCACCAGGCAGAACCUGCACCAGGCCUGGCACGUCCGCAAGCUGCAGCUGGAUCAGUGUUUCCAACUCAGGCUUUUCGAGCAGGAUGCUGAAAAGAUGUUUGACUGGAUCAUGCACAACAAAGGGCUGUUUCUGGCUGGAUACACUGAGAUCGGCAACAACCACCCUCACGCCAUGGAGCUGCAGACCCAGCACAACCACUUUGCCAUGAACUGCAUGAAUGUUUACGUAAACAUAAACCGCAUCAUGACGGUGGGGAACCGUCUGCUGGAGGCGGGCCACUAUGCAUCCCAGCAGAUCAAACAGAUCUCAGGUCAGCUGGAGCAGGAGUGGAAAGCCUUUGCUGCUGCGCUGGACGAGAGGAGCGCCCUGCUGGAGAUGUCUGCUACUUUCCACCAGAAAUGCGACCAGUAUAUGAGUAAUGUGGACUCAUGGUGUAAAGCAUGCGGGGAGGUGGAUCUGCCCUCUGAGCUACAGGACCUGGAAGACGCCAUCCACCAUCACCAAGGCUUGUAUGAGCAGAUCACCGCUGCCUACUCUGAGGUGAGCCAAGACGGAAAAGCCUUAUUGGACAAACUACAGCGCCCUUUGACCCCUGGCAGCGCUGAUUCGCUGACGGCUUCUGCCAAUUACUCCAAGGCGGUGCACCAUGUUUUGGACAUUAUCCAUGAGGUUCUGCAUCACCAGAGGCAGCUGGAGAACAUCUGGCAGCACCGUAAGGUCCGGCUGCACCAACGUCUGCAGCUGUGUGUAUUCCAGCAAGACGUUCAGCAGGUUCUUGACUGGAUUGAGAACCACGGUGAGGCGUUUCUCAGCAAACACACAGGAGUGGGGAAAUCUCUGCAUCGCGCUCGAGCCCUGCAGAAACGUCAUGAAGACUUUGAGGAAGUUGCACAGAAUACAUACACAAAUGCUGAUAAACUGCUUGAAGCUGCAGAGCAAUUGGCCCAGACAGGCGAGUGUGACCCAGAGGAGAUCUAUCAGGCCGCCCAUCAGCUGGAGGACCGGAUCCAGGACUUUGUAAGGCGCGUGGAGCAGCGAAAAGUCUUGCUAGACAUGUCAGUGGCUUUCCACACCCAUGUUAAGGAGCUGUGGACGUGGCUGGAGGAGUUGCAGAAGGAAUUGUUGGAUGAUGUGUAUGCCGAGUCGGUGGAGGCCGUUCAGGACCUGAUCAAGCGUUUUGGGCAGCAGCAGCAGACCACACUGCAAUUCACUGUAAAUGUCAUUAAAGAAGGAGAGGAUCUCAUUCAACAACUCAGAGACUCAGCCAUCUCCAGCAAUAAGACCCCUCACAACAGCUCCAUCAACCACAUCGAGAGCGUCCUGCAGCAGCUGGAUGAGGCUCAGGCUCAGAUGGAGGAGCUCUUCCAGGAGAGGAAGAUCAAACUGGAGCUUUUCCUUCAGCUCAGGAUCUUUGAGAGGGAUGCCAUUGAUAUUAUCUCAGAUCUCGACUCAUGGAACGAGGAGCUGUCACAGCAGAUGAAUGACUUUGACACAGAAGAUCUGACGCUGGCCGAACAGAGACUGCAGCACCACGCAGAUAAAGCCCUGACCAUGAACAACCUCGCCUUCCAUGUCAUCCACCAGGGCCAGGAACUGCUGCAGUACGUCAACGAGGUGCAGGCGUCUGGUGUGGAGUUGCUGUGUGACCGUGAUGUGGACAUGGCCACCCGUGUGCAUGAUCUGCUGGAGUUUCUACAUGAGAAACAACAAGAGCUGGACGUGGCCGCAGAGCAGCACCGCAGACACCUGGAGCAGUGUGUGCAACUGCGCCACCUACAGGCAGAGGUCAAACAGGUUCUGGGUUGGAUUCGUAAUGGCGAGUCAAUGUUGAAUGCAGGUCUGAUUACGGCCAGUUCACUUCAAGAAGCUGAGCAGCUGCAGAGAGAGCAUGAGCAGUUCCAGCAUGCUAUCGAGAAAACCCAUCAAAGCGCCCUACAGGUCCAGCAGAAAGCCGAGGCCCUGCUGCAGGCUAAUCACUACGACAUGGACAUGAUCCGAGACUGCGCUGAGAAUGUGGCCUCUCACUGGCAGCAGCUCAUGCUGAAGAUGGAAGACCGGCUCAAGCUGGUCAACGCAUCUGUGGCCUUCUACAAGACCUCCGAACAGGUAUGCAGUGUGUUGGAGAGUCUGGAGCAAGAGUACAAGCGUGAGGAGGACUGGUGUGGUGGAGCGGACAAACUAGGGCCCAACUGUGAAACCGACCACGUCACCCCCAUGAUCAGCAAGCAUCUGGAGCAGAAAGAGGCCUUCCUCAAGGCAUGCACCUUGGCUAGACGGAAUGCCGACGUGUUCCUAAAAUACAUGCACAGAAACAGUGUCAGCAUGCCGGGGAUGUUGAGUCACGUCAAAGCACCAGAGCAGCAGGUCAAAAAUAUCCUGAAUGAGUUGCUGCAAAGGGAGAAUCGGGUCCUGCACUUCUGGACCAUGAGGAAGAGAAGGCUGGACCAGUGUCAGCAGUAUGUGGUGUUUGAACGCAGUGCCAAACAGGCUCUGGAGUGGAUCCACGACACCGGUGAGUUCUAUCUGUCCACACACACCUCCACAGGCUCCAGCAUCCACCACACACAGGAGCUUCUGAAGGAGCACGAAGACUUCCACAUCACAGCCAAGCAAACCAAAGAGCGGGUGAAGCUGCUGAUACAGUUAGCGGAUGGUUUCUGUGAUAAGGGUCACGCCCAUGCCGCUGAGAUUAAGAAAUGGGUCACGGCCGUGGACAAACGCUAUCGAGACUUCUCCCUUCGCAUGGACAAGUAUCGCAUGUCUCUAGAGAAAGCCCUCGGCAUCUCCACAGACUCAAACAAAGCCAGUAAAGACCUACAGUUGGACAUCGAUGCUGUUAUUAAUUUCUGAAUGUAAUAAAAUGACGCUCCAGGGUCAGAGGUCAAACUCAGAGAUGCUGCCCACGAGCUUAACGAAGAGAAGCGCAAGUCUGCCCGCAGGAAGGACUUCAUCAUGGCUGAGCUGAUCCAGACAGAAAAGGCUUAUGUACGAGACUUGAGAGAGUGCAUGGAUACAUAUCUGUGGGAGAUGACCAGUGGCGUGGAGGAAAUCCCACCAGGGAUCGUUAAUAAAGAGCAUAUCAUUUUUGGUAACAUGCAGGACCUCUACGAGUUCCAUCACAAUAUAUUCCUCAAAGAGCUGGAGAAGUAUGAGCAGCUUCCUGAAGAUGUGGGCCACUGUUUUGUGACUUGGGCCGAUAAGUUCCAGAUGUAUGUGAACUACUGCAAGAACAAACCAGACUCCACUCAGCUUAUUCUUGAGCAUGCUGGAGGAUAUUUUGACGAAAUCCAACAGAGGCAUCGCCUGGCCAACUCCAUCUCUUUAUUCAUAAUUAAUCAUGUUGUUCAGAGAAUAACCAAGUACCAGCUGCUCCUCAAGGAGCUCCUGACUUGUUGCGAGGAAGGCAAAGGUGAAAUCAAAGAUGGCCUGGAAGUUAUGCUCAGUGUUCCCAAGAGAGCCAACGACGCCAUGCACUUGAGCAUGCUGGAAGGGUUUGACGAGAACAUCGAGUCCCAAGGAGAACUGAUCCUGCAGGAGGCGUUCCAGGUGUGGGAUCCCAAGACCCUGAUCCGUAAAGGACGGGAGCGGCACCUGUUCCUCUUUGAAAUGUCACUGAUCUUCAGCAAGGAGGUUAAAGAUUCCAAUGGCAGGAGCAAGUACAUCUACAAGAGCAAGCUUUUUACCUCUGAACUGGGUGUUACUGAGCAUGUGGAAGGAGAUCCAUGUAAAUUUGCCCUCUGGGUUGGCCGGACCCCAACUUCAGACAACAAGAUUGUCCUCAAGGCGUCCAGUAUUGAGAACAAACAGGACUGGAUAAAGCACAUCCGUGAAGUGAUUCAGGAGCGGACUGUGCAUCUGAAGGGCGCUCUGAAAGAGCCCAUUCACAUCCCCAAAGCUUCCACAGCCAAACACAAGGGUCGCAGGUACACCCCCAGGGAUGGAGAGGAUCUGGACAGUCAGGGUGACGGCAGCAGUCAGCCAGACACCAUCUCACUGGCCUCCAGGACCUCACAGAACACACUGGACAGCGACAAGUUGUCAGGUGGUUGUGAGCUUACAGUGGUCAUCCAUGACUUCAUGGCUGGUAACAGUAAUGAACUGACAGUGCGAAGGGGACAGACGGUGGAGGUAUUAGAGAGGCUCCACGAUAAGCCUGACUGGUGCUUGGUGCGGACCACUGACCGUUCCCCUGCCCUGGAGGGCCUGGUGCCCUGCGCCAUGCUCUGUAUCGCCCACUCCCGCAGCAGCAUGGAAAUGGAGGGCAUCUUUAACCACAAAGACACGCUCUCUGUGUGCAGUAACGAUGCCAUCUUACCAGGCUCCUCUGCCACCCUGCAACCAGGUCAUGUGAUGGGUUCCCAGAGUUCCCCUGGGCCCAAACGCACUGGCAAUACAUUAAGGAAAUGGCUGACCAGCCCUGUGAGGCGACUCAGCAGUGGUAAAGCCGAUGGCCACGUGAAGAAGCUGGCGCACAAACACAAGAAGAGUCGUGACGUCAGAAAGAGCGCUGAUGCAGGCUCACAGAAAGACUCGGACGACAGCGCAGCCACGCCACAGGACGAGACUCUGGAAGAGAGGGUGCGUAACGAGGGUCUAAGCAGUGGGACCCUCUCCAAAUCAUCAUCAUCAGGUAUGCAGAGCUGUGGAGAGGAAGAGGGAGAGGAAGGAGCUGAUAGUGUUCCACUUCCUCCACCCAUGGCCAUCCAGCAGCACAGCCUCCUCCAGCCGGACGCACAGGAUGACAAGACCUCUUCCCGUCUCUCUGUCCGACCCUCCAGUUCUGAAACGCCCAGCGCUGCAGAGCUAGUCAGUGCCAUUGAGGAGCUGGUCAAAAGCAAGAUGGCUCUGGAGGACAGACCCAGCUCUUUGUCUGUGGAGCAAGGGGACAGCAGCAGCCCCUCUUUCAACCCAUCUGAUAAUUCCCUUCUCUCCUCCUCCUCUCCGAUCGAUGAGAUAGAGGAACGCAAGACCAGCUUUUUCAAGAGACGGCAUUACCUUCUUCUGGAACUGAUUGAGACAGAGAGGGACUAUGUGAGAGAUCUCAGUUUGGUUGUGGAGGGCUACAUGACCAGGAUGAGGGAAGAUGGAGUUCCAGACGAUAUGAAAGGAAAAGACAAAGUAGUUUUUGGAAACAUUCAGCAGAUAUACGACUGGCACAAAGAUUUCUUCCUGGGAGAGCUUGAAAAGUGCCUUGAGGAUCCUGACCGGCUGGGCCCUCUCUUCGUCAAACAUGAGCGGAGACUGCACAUGUACAUUGUUUACUGCCAGAACAAACCUAAAUCUGAGCACAUUGUCUCAGAGUAUAUCGACACCUAUUUUGAGGAUCUGAAGCAGCAUCUGGGUCACAGGCUUCAGAUCACUGAUCUGCUCAUUAAACCUGUGCAGAGAAUCAUGAAGUACCAACUGCUGCUUAAGGAUUUCCUUAAAUUUUCCAAAAAAAUUGGAGUUGAUUCGGUAGAAUUGGAGAGAGCGGUUGAGGUCAUGUGCAUUGUACCAAAAAGAUGCAACGACAUGAUGAAUGUUGGUCGAAUCCAGGGAUUUGAUGGAAAGAUCAUUGCUCAGGGGCGUCUCCUCCUGCAGGACACCUUCAUGGUGGCUGAACCGGAUGGAGGCCUGCUGAACAGAAUGAAGGAGAGAAGAGUCUUCCUCUUUGAACAGAUUGUCAUCUUCAGUGAACCUUUAGAUAAAAAGAGGGGCUUCUCGAUGCCUGGGUACCUGUACAAAUACAGCAUCAAGGUGAGCUGUCUGGGGAUUGAGGAAUGUGUGGAUGGGGACCCAUGUAAAUUCGCACUGACCUCCAGAACGUCUAAUGGCAGCAAAGAGGCCUUUAUUCUGCACUCAAGCCAUCCUGGAGUACGACAAGUCUGGAUGCUGCAGAUUAGCCAAAUCCUGGAGAGUCAAUGCAAUUUCCUCAAUGCACUUAGAUCACCCAUCGACUACCAGAGGAACCAUGUCGAGGGGCCUGGUAUCUCAGGCAGCAGCGUACAGGCUGGAAGUAGUGGGGGUCAGGUUAUGGCCCCCCGAGGAGGUGGAGGGGCCCCGGCUGGGUCGGGUUCCCGCUCCCGUCCAUCCCGCAUCCCCCAGCCCUCGCGCUUGCCUCAGCCACUCCGUCAUCACUCUCCUGCCCUGGGGCCUGGAGCCCACGAGCCUGACGGCCCCGACAAAAUAUCAGGUAUGUCCCCAAGACCUCUCUCCAGGGGUCCCUCAUCCUCUUGCACCACAGAGCCUGAUCCAAAGGUGAAGGUUCCUGCAAGCCCUAACCCCAAACAGAUGGACUCUAAAGAAAGUGCUUCCAAAGAUAGCAGGGAUGGAGCCGGCACGGUCCAAAUCCCUCGAGCCACUGUUGCCCCGCUAGCACUGGUCAAACCCAGACCUGGAACGGUUUCGCCCAUGGCCUCCCCAUUAGCCACACCAGCUUUCAAAGACUUCAUCCCACCCUGCAGUCCUGGGCCAAAGACGGGCGGCAGCUCUACCUCAUCAUGGAGCUCCGUUCCUGCGUCCCCUGCCAGCAGGCCUGGUUCUUUUACUUUCCCCGGGGAAGCAUGUGAGACACUGGGACGGCAAAAUCAGAACCAAAGUCACCGGCAUUCCACCCACAGUAAAGACGCAGACCGCAUGAGUACCUGCUCUUCUGCAAGUGAACAAUCUGUCCAGUCCACUCAGAGCAACGGGAGUGAAAGCAGCAGCAGCAGUAAUAUCUCCACCAUGUUGGUGACUCAGGACUAUGUGGCUCUGAAAGAGGAUGAGAUAAAUGUAGGUCAGGGGGAGGUGGUGCAGAUCCUGGCCUCCAAUCAGCAGAACAUGUUCUUGGUGUUUCGUGCCGCUACCGACCAAUGCCCAGCCGCCGAGGGCUGGAUCCCUGGUUACGUGCUGGGCCACACCUCCACCAUUAUCCCUGAUGUACCAGAGGGGUCCAUUAAGAAACCAUCAUCAUGGCAUACAUCCCUCCGUAUUCGUAAGAAGUCAGAGAAAAGAGAGAAGGAAAAUAAAAAGGAGGCCAAGCUUGAAAAUGGAUACAGGAAAUCCAGAGAGGGACUAACCAACAAGGUCUCUGUAAAGCUUCUAAAUCCCAACUAUAUCUAUGAUGUUCCCCCGGAGAUCCUCAUCCCGCUGAGCGAUGUGACCUGUGAUAAAGGCGAGUGUGUCACUCUGAGGUGUAAAGUGUGUGGCCGUCCCAAAGCCACAGUCACAUGGAAGGGACCCGAUCAGAAAACACUCGCCAACAACGGACACUUUAGCAUAGCUUACAGUGAGACUGGCGAGGCCACUCUGCGUAUCGUAGGUGUGACCUCAGAGGAUGAUGGCAUGUACACCUGCACUGCAACGAAUGACAUAGGCAGUGUGACAUCAUCAGCCAGUCUCAGAGUGUUGGGAACUACUAGUGAUGGAAUCCGGGUCAUUUGGAAAGACAACUUUGAGUCCUUCUACAGUGAGGUAGCAGAGCUGGGCAGGGGAAGGUUCUCUGUAGUAAAACGCUGUGACCAGAGGGGAUCAAAGUGCACCGUAGCGGUCAAGUUUGUGAAUAAGAAACUCAUGAAACGAGACCAGGUCACCCACGAGUUUAGCGUCCUACAGAGACUCCAGCACCCUCACCUAGUCAGACUACUGGACACCUUUGAGACCUCCAGCAGCUAUGCACUGGUCCUUGAGAUGUCUGAUCAGGGCCGUCUACUAGACUACAUUGUGAGCUGGGGGAACCUCACUGAGGAAAAAGUGGCCUUUUACCUCCGAGACAUUUUAGAAGCUUUGCAAUACCUGCACAACUGCAGAAUAGUUCAUCUGGAUUUAAAGCCUGAAAACCUUGUGGUGGACCAGAGCCCCUCCCAGCCGAUGGUGAAGCUGACUGAUUUCGGCGAUGCGGUGCAGCUGAACUCAACUCCCUAUGUUCACCCACUGCUGGGUAGCCCAGAGUUUGCGGCCCCCGAGCUGGUUCUUGGGAAUCCCGUCUCUCUCUCCUCUGAUUUAUGGAGUCUGGGCGUGGUGACGUAUGUGAUGCUGAGUGGGGCGUCUCCGUUCUUGGACGAGAGUGUGGAGGAGACGUGCCUCAACAUCUGCCGCCUAGACUUCAGCUUCCCCGACGACUACUUCCAGGGUGUGAGCCAGGCGGCACGGGAUUUCGUGUGCCUGCUUCUCAGGACUGAACCUUCCAAGCGGCCCCCGGCCGCCACCUGCCUGCAGGAUCCCUGGCUGAGACCCGGAGGUGGCCGUUGCUCGUCUGAAUGCAUCGAUACCUCUAGACUCAUCUCUUUCAUUGAACGGCGCAAACACCAGAACGACCUGCGGCCUCUCGGAGGCAUAAAGGCUUUUCUGCAAAGCAGGCUACAGCCCAGGAUCUGACCCAAGAAACAUGAUCUCAUACUCUUUCUGAUGCCAAUUAAGAAGACUUCAGUCCUGAGCCUAUCAAAAUGAGUGCUGACAACCAUCUGCCAAUCAGAGCCUUCGUCGGCAGACAAGAUUUUAGAUUGAUAGUCCUCUCCCAGUUUGCUGCUGCCUUGUUUCCAGUUUAAUGAAGACUUUUACGCAGAGAUUAAAACAGUGGAAUAUAAAUAUAAAUAUAUAUAUAAUAUUUCUCUAAUUUGCUGAAUGAUCAACAAAUCUACAUAAAUGAAAUAAUAUUUUGUGUAGAAAAAAUGUACCUGCACAAAUGUGGCAGAGGUUUAUUAAGAAAAUGAUGCAAAUGCAGUUUAGCAAGGAGAACAACCUUUUUUCCCUUUCUGUUUUGCCUGAGCCAGAGAGCAAGUGGCUGUUUUUGUGCUUUUACAGUGUUCAACUCUGAACAUUUCUUAAUGAACCUUUAGAGAAAAAUAUACAGCGCAUAAUGAUGACAUUUUCAGGUACAUCCUUCAAUAAAAUCAGUUACAUCAACUCAGUCUGGAUGAACGCAACACACAAAUCAUGAGCAAAUGAGUAGUUGAAGUGUUUUAAGUGAAAGCUUGUUUUGGUCUCAUAGUGUAAUUUGUUGCUUAUUUCAACAAUGAUGAUUCCGCCACAUUUAGCUGCGAAAUUUUUAACGGCUGCAAGUCUUUUUUUUUUUUUAUUUACUACGACUAGAACAAAUUGUGUUGUGCAAUCUACAGAUGUAUACGCCUUAUUCUAUACUAUGUCUGCCCUCUUUCUUUCUUUCUUUCUUUCUUUAAAUGCAAUGUCACAAGAGUGGAGAGCAGAACUCCAAUGCGAGAUAGCCAUAGGACGUCCAGACAUCUGAGCACAUCAGCUUCAGACCGGACAGCAUUGAACAAUGACUGAAUACUGUAAAUGCACUCACGCUGUAUCUGGUUCUUAUCCGUGCAAUGUUGCAGCUUCGAUUGUUUAUGCAACUAUUUAUGAAGACAUCCAUUGUACCUUUUAAUAAAAACGUAGAAUAGCACGUACCCGGUACUGCAGUUCUGCUAUUGUUUAUUUAAUCUGGUCUUUAUCGUUAAGUAUUAAAGCCCUGUCAUCCUACAGGGUUGUUGUCUACAUGGCACUUUUCUGUUGAUAUACAUAUUGGUAUGCCAAAGCUCUCCAUACUUUAUGAGAAUUAGUUUUUCUUUUUCUGUUUGUUCCCCAACACAAAUUUGACACCUUUACUGUAAGUUAUAUGCUUAAGUAGCUAUGACUGGUUGUUUACAUUAGUUAUUCAUAGCUUCACAUUCGGGAAGAAUUGUUUUUCUUUUAUUUUCCUCUGUGUCCAUGUUAUAGACGUUUCACAGAUCAUUACUGGAGUAUUUCUGAAACGCACCUCCCGUUUAGACUAGGCAGUCCUUGACAUGGAAAUAAUUUUGUUCUUAGCAAGAUAUCAUGGACAAAAAUGUGAAGCCUUUAAAUUAUGAUAGUUAUCUUGUCAUAUAGAUAGUUUUAAUACAAAUGUAGGUCCUUUUAGUUUUAAGGCCUCUGAUAGUUUUGGUGACAGGCUAGUCAUAAGACGCUCUCAACAGUUAAAAUCGUCACUGGAAUGACUUUGGUAUGCAGUUUGUAACCAUUGGCCUGUUGCUCUCAGUCCAUUGGUUUCCAGUGAUCCUCACGUCAUACAUCAGUCAACUGUCAUAUUUGAGAUUUUGAAGCAUUAUGAAAUGUUUGAGUGGUGGACAGUGACUCUUUCCCGGUAGGAAGGAACAUUGUUAAUUCAUCUGUAUAGACCCAUAUCAUGUCCCCUAAUUUAUUUGUCAUUGUAAAGUUGUACAGAUGCCUUUACAGCGUGGGAACUUGGACUGGAUACAUUUUUAAAGUGUUUCAUUGAAUGUCUAAUUUUAGUUCUGAUCUCAUUGUAUUUGAAUGUAUGUAUUAUCAUUUUAGACUUGUUUUAUUUGGAUUAUUUUAUACUUUUUGCAUGUGUAUAUUUCUUUGUACAGAAACCAUAAGUGUUUAUGCGAUAUGUGCUGUAAAUAUAUUCAGUUUUGUCAUCAGUUAUUUUGGAAUUAAACAUAUGGAACAUU